AUGGGAAGCAAAAGACGGCGAUCGGAAGUAUCUGCAGGGUCACGACCAGGCAAUGGCAACACAAGUGACGAGUUACGCCAUAACGUAAAGAAGACGAUGAAGAAGCGGAAGACAGCUAUGGUGAAACACCAAGUGUCGAAAGUCAAGAUAGUGGCCAAUAAACCGCAAGAGGCGGGACCAUUAGUGAACCCGACUGCUCUGGCCAACUCGAAUUGGAAAGCCCUCAAGAGCACGAUAUUACAGACAGGCCAGCGUCGUGGAACUGGUCCUGGAUACGAGAGAAAGCACGACUUGGAUGUGAAGGCCCAGAAGACGCGGAUGAAGCAGGAUAAGCAGGAGAAGAGGGUUAAGGCUCGGGUUGCUGGUUGGGUGGACAAUGCCCGUAUUGUUGCAAUGGAUUGCGAGAUGGUCGGCGUAGGCCUCUCGGGAAAAACCAGUGUGCUUGCACGCUGCAGUAUCGUGGACUAUGAGGGCAACGUGCUGUACGACAAGCACGUUCGGCCUGUGGAAAAAGUCACGGAUUUCCGGACGCACGUGAGCGGCAUUCGCUCCAGCUCGCUUCGUAAUGCUAUUCCAUUUGCGCAGUGUAUUAAGGAGGUGGGCAAACACGUCCAGGACAAGAUCAUUGUUGGUCAUGCAUUGAAGAAUGACUUCCAAGCGUUAAUGUUUACGCCGCCGAAACACCUUCUUCGGGACACCGCUUUGUACCGACCGUACAUGCGUCGGAAAAUCAAUGGCACAAAAUUGUACCCCAAGUCACUGAAGAAUUUGGCGGAAGAGGUGCUCGGCAAGCAGAUCCAAGUUGGACAGCACGACUCGGUUAAAGAUGCUCGAGCGACACUGGAGCUGUACAAGCACGAACAGUUCGCGUGGGAAAAGUAUCUGCGUACGUCCAAGAGCAAGAAUUCGCUAGUAGGCGUGGCACCCGUUCUGCCAGAAAAGGAGGUGACCGUUGACCCUUCCGAGCUGCUCUCCGCUACUGCCAAGUCUUUUUUAGACAGUGAUGACGACGAAAUCUGCACCGGACGACGCCCAAUGACUGUUCCAGAUGCAAAGGAGCUCGCUCUCAUGGAAUACGGCGAGUAA